UGCGAGCAGCGGAGGCUGUUGCCGAGCGUCCAGCAACCAGGAGAACCGCGCGUCGAGGGAGGAUGCCCGCGGUCUGAGUCUCGAGCGGGCGUUCAAAACCGAGCGCUGAUCUUCGACGAGUGACACAUCCCGAGUGACGUGCAGUGGCGACAAUCAACAUCGCGCUCCCCCUUUUGUGACACUUGGAACGCGAGUCGAAAAGAGCGAUAAAACCACAAAAGUAAUCAUUGACGUUUUGCUGGCGUUGAAGUGGUGUGUGUGUGUGUGUGUCCCGUCUCGUCGUCGAUUAUUGCGUUUGUUUUUGGCCACCCCGUCCCGCUCGCUCACCCCCCAAACCACUCCUGUCGGGCAGCUGAUUUAAACCGCAUGACACUGGCUGUUGGCCUGUCGGAGGAGAAGCGCGCGAGAAUGCGAAGAAUCGUGGAAUAAAAAAUAAAGACUUUACAAAGUGGAAAACGGAGAGCCAACAUUAGUGCGCAAUUCGAAGAGGUGGAGGAGGAGGAGACGACGACGACGCAGCAGAGAAUCAUAUACAACGGACGGACGCUCUCUCGGAGAGUGUGGUGACGGCAGACAAAGAGAGAGAGAGAGAGAGAGAGAGAGAUACAAACAAACAGCGCAGUUGUUCCCUCUCCGCUCGCCUCCCUGUCUCUGUUGUUCUCCUCCCGCUGCAGCUGACCGUACUGCUCCGAAACGACGAUUUUUCUCUCGGCGCGCAGUACAUACCGAACAAUCUAUCCACCUAUACACACUUGUGCACCCACUUGACGAGUGCGCGUAUAUUAAACCAAAGACGAGUUCAGCUGAUGCAACGUCAAUGAAGCCAGUUGAUAGUUGUUGGUUGACGGCUAGCUCGUCGAGUAAACGGACAAUUUUUGUUGUCGACAAAUAAUUGUCAAGGGCGGGGGAGGGCUCGGUAGGUUAUGGCCAGUAGGUACACUGGUUGAGGCUUGUGCAGUGCGUCGCUCGACUUCCGUAUACAAUAAUACACACACUUACCUGAGACAGUUCUGCUGCCUACAAUAAACAAAGGAAGAAAAACAGAGAGAGAGAGAGAGAGAGGGUGGAAAAUCAAAGCGGAUACAUAGGGCGGCAGAGGCUUCGGAGGGGCUGCAGCCAGGGAGAAGGAGCCUGUCUUUCCUGUCUGUAUAGGAUGCUGGAGCUCGAGGUAGUGCCCGAACGGUCUCUCGGCUGCGACCAUUGGGAAUUUAUUUUAGGCAAGUGACUAAGUUACGAUGCUCCUCCGUUCCUCCUUUAUGUGCAGUAUAUAUACUAUACACGCGCUUAAAUGGGCAUUAUUAGAGGUGUACAAGUUCUUUACAGUGAUACAAAUCCAUUAGAAGUAGAUCUAGUAAUCAAUUUGCCUCAAGAUGGAGUACGGCUGAUAUUUGAUCCGGUCGUCCAAAGGCUUAAAAUAAUUGAAGUGUACAACAUGAAGAUGGUCAAGCUGAAAUAUUGCAGUAUAACUUUCAACUCUCCAGAAACCUUGCCGUCUAUCGAGCAGAUCGAGCACUCAUUUGGAGCCACGCAUCCUGGCGUCUAUGACAGUGACAAACAAGUUUUUGUGUUGAAUUUUCGAGGCUUGUCGUUUUAUUUCCCCAUCGACUCAAAGUUCCAGCCCGGCUACGCGCACGGCUUGGGCUCACUUCAAUUUCCCAAUGGAACUUCCCCUCUCGUGGCCAAAACGGCCAUCUACAUGGGAAACAUGGCUGCGGGAGGCUCCAACAGUGAAAUGCACUGUUUAAAAACUUCGCCUCCACCUUUGCCUCUGGUUUGCUACCACAAUAAUAUUUAUCUGGAAAAGGCCGAAGUUUUACGGGAUAAGGCAAGAACCAGAGGCUUAAAAUUACACCUGUUCACCGAAGGUAGCUCAACAAAUCGAGUGGUACUCGAACCCAAAAGACACAAUCUCACGAAAGAAGUAUGGUUUGGCGAUACGUGCGAAGACGUUCUUAGUGCUCUGGGGGCGCCAUCACGUGUCUUCUUUAAAGCCGAGGACAAGAUGAGGAUUCACAGCCCUCACGCUCACAAAAGAGAUAAAAUCAGGCGGUCAGACUUCUUUUUCAACUAUUUCACUUUGGGUUUGGAUAUCCUUUUCGAUGCAAAAACUCAAUGUGUCAAAAAAUUCGUUCUACACACAAAUUAUCCUGGUCACUAUAAUUUCAACAUAUAUCAUCGUUGUGAAUUCUCUCUCACCUUGCCAUUAGAGACUAAUAAUACAGCAGAGUCCGGAAAUCUCAUUGAUGUUUCUCCUUCCCCAGUAACCUUAACUGCCUACACGAAAUGGGAUCACGUAAGCGAACAGCUGAAGGCCAGUCCACGUCCAGUGGUGCUGAACCGUGCCUCCUCGACCAAUACGACAAAUCCGUUUGGUUGUACCUUCUGCUACGGGAUUCGCGACGCGAUCGUAGAAGUUAUGGCCAACCAACACAUUGCGAGCGUCACAUUAUACACAACGGCCGCGUGACCCUGGUAAAAUCGGUUGGAGCGCAUCAGCUGAAGGACACAAUGAUUGCAGAUUUUGCAUGUCAAAAAGAAAAAGAAAAAAAAAAAAAAAAGAAAGAAAUACUCUGUAAUAAGGGUUUGGAUUAUUAGGUGUACCAAGAAGCAUCCGCUGUUUGAGUAAGGCCAGAUGAUCCCUGGGAAGAUGGUGGCCCUCCCUGUCGUUUGGGAAGCGCAAAAAAAAAUUUUAAUUCAUGAAUUGAUACAAUGAAUAGAGAAUAGUGUACAUCGACAGCACGCUGUAUAUAUUUUGUUUUAAGGAUAUGAAGGAAACAAAAAUAUUGAAAAACACAAAAACAAGGAAAACUGCGUGGGCUGUAAGAAAGGUGACGGAUUAGGUGGACGCUCCGAUGGCAGGUGCGUUCGGAACUGUCCGUUUUUAAAAGAAAAAAUAAAUGUUGAAGACAUCAUUAUGUUUUGAAAUGAUGAGAUGAUACUGAUAAAAAAGAAAAGGAAAAAAAAGAUGAGAAAGCGAAGCAAUGAAAAAAAAAUAUAAAAUAAAAAAAUAAAUAAUAAAAAAUGCAUACUUUUUAAAGUGUCAUAGUAGAUAUACCAUGGUUGUAAUGUAUAUCUAAAUUGACUACUGUAUUAAUUUUUAAACGAAAACUGAUCACGUGAACUCACAAAAUAUUGGGAACUUGUAAGUAUUGAAAAAUUAACACGAAGUUUUAUACUUUUUCUUGCAUACAACCAUUUUUUUUGAGUUUUGUUAGUUGAUU